GAAGCAGUGACAUUCCACCUGACUCUCCGGGUCCAGGUCCGCGAGCAGUGGUGGGUGGGUGUGGGGAAGGAUGCUUCGGGGAGCUGUGGUUGAGGUACCGUAUGAUAAUGAGUAUAUAAGGAGCUCUUCGUUCUUCCCCUCCCUCCCCUCUUCCCUCCUCUUUCCGCAGUAUCGCCCCCUCAAAAUAAAAACCCUUCCCCACCCUUAUUAUACCACCGUUCGGCUUCUCGGGUGGACACUCGCUCCAUUCAUACCCAUCUCCCCGAUUGUUCUUUCCACGCCUUAGACCCGCCUACGAGACUUCCGUCAAUUCUGUCAACGAACGCGCCUGCCAGAUCAUUCUCAACCUUCUUCUCCCCCACACGACAAGCUCCCCAUCCCGGCCAUUGAGACAUAACAACGCCUUUCACUACCGCUUCCAAAAGAGAAUAAUAACCUGAAAGAAUCAUCAUGUCUGCCACAGCAAGUCCCCGUCCCGUCCUCAUCGUUCAGGGAGCUCCCUCGAGUUCCUCGAGCUCCCUAGUCUCGGAAUCAUCCAUAUCCCGCAGCAACUCGGUCUCUUCCACCCACUCGAGCAACACCUCGACCUCAUCCACAUCACAGAGCUUUGCUCCGGGUCACGGUUCGCAAACCCAUCCCGCCGAAAUAGUUGGGGACGGUGUCGAAUUCGUCCGGACCGGUCGCCCGCAAGGGGGCAACCCGAACGGCGGUCCUCCACAGAACGAAUCCGGCUAUUAUCGACGCAGCAAACUAGGGGUCACCGUUCAUAAUUCUGGCGGCCAGCUUACGGGUUCUGUCGCUGUCGACAUGGGCGAGGAGUAUGCGAAUGGAUCGGACCAUACCGACUCUUGCCGUAAGGCUAGUCAGCAGAGCGACAGCGUAUCCCUCUGCUUCUGUCCUGCCCGUCCCAGUUCCUCCUUAUGAAUGCCCGAGGAGAUGCGAUAUGGUUACGGGCGUUCCCAUGGUACUGGUUUCCUUGGUUAAUCCUUACUAGAUGCUUAAAUUGUCGUGUGUCAGUGAUCAGGGGUUUCCAUUUUAUCUCUCUACUCUUUGCUGCGGACCUUUUCAUUUUACCAUCAUCAACUUGUUUCACUGGUUGAGUAAUAGUAGUAUUAUAGUAUCUAGCAUUAUUUCGGGUUGGGUUUUGUCAUUGCAUUUGUUCCUUUUCGCAUCGAGGUUCUUUCGCUUUUCUUGUUUUUUUUCUGUUUUUUUCUUUCUCUCUCUCUCCUUCUUUCUUCCCUUCUAUAUGCACCCUGUUCCUUACUUUUCCAACUUUGGGGGGUGUUCCAAAGCUGAAGAGUUUCGUCCCUUCGAGUUACUCUCGGAAAGGGGGGUGGCUGUCAUCGAAUGUGCUCGAUCACCUUAGGUUUUUCCGAAGCAAAAUGGCAUUUUGACGUUCCCAUCGAAGCGCUCCCGCUCAUUACCGUAGACGAGUGAUACUAAAGCAAGUUAACCAGAUCCCACCAACCAAAGCCCCACAGGGCGAGCCUGCGCACAAGUCCAAUUCACCAAGUGACUCGCCGCAGCGCUCAGGUUGCCGCAGGCACCUUUCUCCUAUGGUAAUUUGAGCUGAUUUUCU